UUCAAGAUCAGGUUGUUCGUCAAGAAACUCCUGUCCAAAUUCCUGAAGCCAGGAGCUUUUAGAGGUGUCAAUGUGGACACAGUGGACCUCAGGGAUGAGGAGAGCCAAUUGCCAGAUUCUCAGCUUGGUGUGGGCUUCACAACGAGGACAACGUUAAACCGCCUUGUGGAAGCAGGUGAUGUCUCCAUGGACUCAGCUAAAAACUUCCAUCUCGCAGCCAGGAGCUUUUUUGUGAAGGCAGUCGAGUACGCCACAGCUAAGCUCCCUUUACAUGACCCUGUGCUGGAGCAUUCAAGGUUCGUGGACUUCAGACAAAAAAUGGAUACCACCUUGGAUGAUGUGCUUUACUUUGUUCAUAGAUUCAACCAUCACCUGCCCUACAACCAACCAAGGGAGCAGGACCAGCGGAAUGAUGAGUUCCUAGAGUUUCAAAUGAUGGAGGAGGAAGAUAUACCUGCAUCCAUCUGGGGGGAGGCGGUCAUCAGGACAAAUGAGGUUGGGGAGUACCACAGGAUGGCCCACCUAUGGGUAUAUCUUGGAAAUCUUAAGAAUCGGGCAAGUGGCACUUUUAAAUUCCCCAAAUUAUUCAAGGUGGCCCAGGUUGUGUUGAGCAUGCCUCAUUCAAAUGUGGAUGCUGAGCGAACAUUUUCACUGAUUGGCCUAAACAAGGCUGACACCAGAAACAGACUGUCCCUUGAAGGCACCCUGUCGUCAAUCAUGACCAUGAAAAUGAGCAGCCUUGAACCCUGCUUCAGAUACGAACCUCCUGCAGAGGUUGUGAAGCAGGCCAAAACUGCCACUGUGGCAUUGGAAUUUUUAUGUAUUUCUAUUUAUAGUUAUGAAACAGGUCUGAAGUAUUCAGGUUGAAAAAUGUUAGAAUGCAAAUGGUUCCAAUUGCAUCUAAGAGCAAAAAUGGUAGUAAGUUUACACUUAAUUUGUGUUUCUAUUAUGAGGGGAUC